CCAAAUUCGCAUCGGUGCCACGGCCACGGGCCGCUCUGGAGGACCGGCCUUUUUGCACAUCUACAGUCCAAAGCACAAGCAGUCAGCGGAAUCCAAUCCCCUGCCUCGCUCGGCGCUCCGCCGCCACCUCGAAUCCAGUUCACCCACCUCCUCCGUCCUUAUUCGUUUCUUCCGCCGCAAGCCAGACAGAGUUGACUGUCACCGUGUUCCCUCGGGGUGGGCGAUGGGGUCGUCGGAGCCGUCGUCGCGUUCCGUGCAGAACCUCGUGCUGUACGCCGCCAGCGCCGCGCUCAGCUGCCUCGUCCUCUUGGCCGGCCUUCGCCACCUCGAUCCCAACCGCGCCGCCUCUCAGAAGGCGCAGCAGCAGAAGAAGGAGAUCGCCAAGCGCCUCGGCCGGCCCCUCGUCUCCACCACGCCCUAUGAGGACGUGAUUGCGUGCGACGUCAUCAACCCCGACAGCAUCGACGUCGAAUUCGAUUCCAUCGGCGGCCUCGACAAGGUCAAGCAAGCGCUCUACGAGCUCGUCAUCCUGCCCCUGCGCCGCCCUGAGCUCUUCGCCUCCGGCAAGCUCCUCAGCCCCCAGAAGGGCGUCCUUCUCUAUGGCCCGCCCGGCACAGGAAAGACCAUGCUCGCCAAGGCCAUUGCCAGGGAGUCCGGUGCCGUCUUCAUCAAUGUCAGGAUCUCCAAUCUCAUGAGCAAGUGGUUCGGGGACGCGCAGAAGCUCGUGUCUGCUGUAUUUAGUCUCGCUCACAAGCUCCAGCCUGCUAUUAUCUUCAUUGACGAGGUUGAUAGUUUCUUGGGGCAGCGACGGACAACUGAUCAUGAAGCCAUGACUAAUAUGAAGACAGAGUUCAUGUCCCUCUGGGAUGGCUUCACCACUGAUCAGAAUGCUCGUGUAAUGGUCCUAGCUGCUACAAACAGGCCUUCUGAGCUAGAUGAGGCCAUCCUAAGGCGCUUUACUCAGAUAUUUGAGAUUGGAAUUCCCGUCCAGAGUGAAAGGAACAAGAUACUUCAGGUUGUGUUGAAGGGAGAAAAUGUCGAGCCUAAUGUUGAUUACGAUCACAUUGCAAGAUUGUGCGAGGGCUUUACUGGAUCAGACAUCCUAGAGGUGUGCAAGCAGGCAGCAUUCUACCCUAUCAGGGAGCUAUUGGACAAUGAGAGAAACGGGAGGAAAUUAGAUAAACCUAGACCUUUGAGACAAUCAGACUUGGAGAGAGCCUUAUCAACAUCUAGAAAGUGCAAGAAGGCUGCAAGUUCAGGACUGCAGUCACCCUUGUGGGUUCGGCCGACAGAUUCAGAAGACGAUCAGGAAAAGUUCUUUCGGAGCACAAACUAUUUAAACUUUAUCGAGAUUAUUACUGGUGGAAGCAGGCUGCGUUGCGAUAUAUCCAUGACUCCAUGAGCUGUUGUAUGUUGCACGCCCGCCCGUCAUGGCGUGUACGAGCAGCUCUGCAGCUGCUUGCUCUUAAGGCACACGUCUACACGAUGGUUGAUGGAUAUCUCAUCAACGACCGACACCUUGCUGGUGUUGAGCACCAAAUUUGACGGGCGGUCCGGUCCUUGGACCUAGAACAGUAUGCGCACUCCGUAAUUAGAUUAAUUCGGGUGAUUAUUCUUAUCUCGUGCGUGGUUAUUUAUCUAAUCACGUGAGAGUUAUUGGCUAUCGUCUAGAAACAUGUCCAGAUCUCUUUUCCUAUAAAUAUAAAGGGGUACAGCCGAUUGAGAACCCUUGAACACAUUUUAA